AUGAAGAAUAAUAGGGGUCUUCGAUUUUGCAGAUUGCAAUUCCACUUGUUUUGCAUUCUUUCAUUUGGUAGAUAUGAAGCUGACUUUAUUGAUACGAUUGUUGGGGAUAUAUGGGCCAAACUGUUAACCCGUACACAUUUAAAGGUGGCAAAGUACCCUGUUGGAGUGGAGUCUCGCGUAAAGGAUAUGCUUAAACUAUUACGUGUAGGGGAAAAUGAUGUUUGCAUGGUUGGUAUAUGGGGAAUCGGUGGGAUAGGCAAGACAACAAUUGCUAAAGCUGUUUAUAAUUCGAUUGCCGAUAAGUUCGAAGGUACAUGUUUUUUGGAAAAUGUUAAAGAACCACAUGGAGGCCUAGUUCAACUACAAAACUUGCUUCUUUCUGAGAUUCUAGGGGUAAAAGAAUUAAAUAUGAACAAUGUUGAUUUGGGAGUCAAUGUGAUAAGAGAAAGGUUGAGCAAUAAGAGAGUUCUGAUAGUUGUUGAUGACGUGAAUGAUUCGGAACAGUUAAGCAAGUUGGUAGGAAAUACUGAUUGGUUUGGUUCCGGCAGUAGAAUAAUCAUAACUACUAGAGAUAAGCAUUUGUUGACAGCUCAUGAUAUCAAUCAAGUAUAUGAGUUGAAGGAGUUAAGUCAUUGUGAAGCUUUAGAGCUCUUCAAGUUGUUAGCCUUCAAAGAAAAAAUAAAUGUGGAUGAUUACACUGAACUCAUGAAGAAUGUGAUACUCUAUGCUCAAGGAGUUCCGUUAGUAUUGGAAGUUAUGGGCUCAGAUCUACGAGGUAAACAUGUUGAUCAAUGGAAAGAUGCCUUAGAUAGCUAUGCAAAAGAACCUAGCCAAGAGAUUCAUAAAAAACUCAAAAUAAGUUAUGAAGCACUUCAAGAGUCGAUGAAGGAAGUUUUUCUCCACAUUGCAUGUUUCUUCAAAGGACAAAAAAAGGAGUAUGUGAUAGAUAUACUAGAAGGUUGUGGCCUCAACCCUAAAAUAGGUAUUCAAGUACUCACAGAAAAGGCUCUCAUAAAUAUUACCGAAGCAGACAGUAUUCAAAUGCAUGACCUUCUAGAAGAAAUGGGCAAAGAAAUUGUUCGUCAAGAGUCGCCAAAUCAGCCUGGAGAACGUAGUAGAUUGUGGCGUUUUGAAGAUGUUUAUCGCGUUUUUGUUGAAAACACUGGAACAGAUAAAAUUAAAGGCAUUAUGGUUAAGGACGGCAGGUUACAGCAGAUACCCUUGCGUGGUAAAAGCUUUUUAAAGUUGAAAAACCUUCAGAUUUUUAUGAUCAUGAAGGAUAUAUUCUAUGGAGAUUAUGUGGAUUCUCUCCCUGACGAAUUGAGGCUCAUUCACUGGGAGUAUUGUCCAUUACAGUCUUUUCCACCUGGUUUUGAUCUGACAAAAAUUGUUCUACUCGAUAUGCCUCGCAGCCGAACCUCACCUCUGGGGCAGGUGCAAAAGAUACUUUUUGGACUCAAGAUGCCUUGGAGCUCCACCUCAGCACUGGGAAAGGGACCAAAGAUUAUUCCAAAUUUGAAAUCUAUCAAUUUGUCACGGUGCCGUGGUCUAAGAAAAAUUUGCGACUUUUCUAGAUUCCCAAACUUAGUGAACUUGAGUCUACAGGGCUGUGGAAAUUUAGUUGAAGUUGACCCUUCGAUUGGAUAUCUUAAGAAUCUUGUUAAUUUGGACCUUGGUUUCUGUAAAAAACUUAGCAAGUUUGAAAUUGUGGGAGAGAUGACAUCCUUAAAAAGCUUGGAUCUACGGGAGAGUGGAAUCAAAACAUUACCUGCAUCGGUAUUUGGAUAUCCCAUUAAUCUUGAAAAGUUAACUUUAGCAGGAUGCUACGAACUUUGCCACGUGUCGAGCUGCAUUUUUGAGUUGCAACAUCUACGGCAUCUUGAUCUCCGAAGUUGCCACAAAUUGGUUACAUUUCCAGCUCCCUCAAAGAGUGGUUGGAUCAGCAGCAGUGAAUGGAAAGGCUACCAUGACUCUUUAUUCGUGGAUCUGAAGAAUUGCUGGGGGCUUAAAGAAAUUUUCUGGAUUGAGCGAAAAAUAAAUCACUUGAAUUUGAGCGGUUGCAGAAACCUUGAAAUAAUUUCACCCUCGAGUCUGAGGACUCUUCCUGUAAUGAACUUGUCUGGUUGCGAGAGAUUAUAUUCCGAUUCUAAGGUGAUGGAUCUCUUACUCUCUGGUAGGGAGGGUGAACUUGAGGUUAUAUUAACUGGAAGCAGAGGAGUUCUAUCUUUGGGGAAUGACAUAUUUGAAGGAUACAAUUUUUGUAUUAAAAUGAAACCAAUCUCAUGGCCGUUAACGUGGAUGGAUGGAGGAUUGGCUUUCUUUGCUGAAUGGAAGACGUCUGCAAUUGGAUCGUUCAGAGUUUACGUUAAUGGACAAUGCAUUAGUGUUAAUUGCGAUAAAGAAUCUUAUUUUUUUCCUUCAUCGAUAGACGAUCAUGUGUGGUUAUACUAUGUUCCAUUCCCUACAAUAGAAAGUAGGCUCGGUCUGGACCGCUUGCCUGACAUGCUCAGAGUUAGGUUUGAUUUUAAUCAUGGUAAUGAUGAGGUGGAAAACUGCUGGAUCCAAGUAGUACAGCUGGGAGCAGGUUUUUACCAUGAGGUCCAUCCGAUAUAUUGA